UGCAUAAUGCGCAAGUUGAUCGCCGAGGGACGAGGAAAUGCAAGCCACCAUGAAUCGCGCAACUUAGCCCCGCUCUCUCAUCAUCCAGCCUUAUCCCCCGUACCACGUACACUACACAACUGUACAUUUGUACUAAAACCCGUAUAUAAAUUCUUUGGAACGCCGUCACCCGUUUUCUGUUCAACAUGUCACUCUGGCAACCAAGUCACUUAUCGUCGUCAUCGAACAUGGCUCUACAAGGCGAACAAAAUUUAACCGAAGGCAAUAAGGCAUAUGCCGCCUCUUUUACGCAAGGCCACCUCGCUCUUCCACCGAGCCAGAAAUAUCUCGUCCUCACUUGUAUGGACGCCCGUAUCGACCCAUCAGCAGCCUUUGGCAUCCCACUCGGCGCAGCCCACGUGAUUAGGAACGCAGGAGCCUCUGCUCGUGAUGCUUUCCGAUCAGUUGUCAUUUCGCAGCAGCUAUUGGGGACUACUGAGGUGUUACUUGUCAAACAUACUGGGUGUGGUAUGUUGACGUUUGACAACGAGACGGCGCGGGGCAUUGUCAAGAAGAACAAAGGAGAGGCAGCGGCAAAAGAAGUGGAGAACCUUGACUUUUUGACUUUUCCAAAGCUGGAGGAUAAAGUGCGCGAGGAUGUGGAUUGGCUGAGGAGUAAGGCGGUAGAGCAGGGAAUCAAUGUCUCGGGCUGGGUGUAUGAGGUGGAGACGGGCAAAGUUAGGAAAGUGGUAUAAGUUACGGGAAUGCUUGUAUCGCGUACGCUGCCGUAUACUACACUGUCAUUCCCCAAAAGCUCAACCCGCUGUUUCAAAGCGAAAAUAUCUGUUCAGUGACUAGUAAUCUACUUUUUCUGGCCAUCGCAAAAUUUUUAUACCGUCAAGCAUCGUUUCCGUAGCCUGCUUCACGUCUUCUCAAUACUCAAAGUGAAGUUUCCAACCGCAAGUCAGAAGUUCCUGGCUUGGAAGACACCGCAAUUCUCCAUCAGCAUUUUCUCACGAAAAUAUGAAUGAGCGGAAUAUACCCUUCUCAAAUGUCUUCUCUUGUGCACUUGCCUGUCUUCGCCGUAUCUCAUGUGAGUCGAACCAGACCUAGUCAAGGAGUCUUGCUCAAUAUCAUCACCACGCAUGAUAUC